GCAUGCUCUGUGUUUGACCGGAAGGUGGCAGUGCACGCGCUUCCGCUUGUUGGUCGACGUCCACGAAGAAGAUCGCCGUCACGCGCCGCAGCGUUCAGCUCGCGGUGUUUUGUUUUCAACUACAACGCGUUCUUCUGUAGAUACAAUACAACGCGACAGGGGAGAUGCCUGCGUGCUUACUAGUAAGUGAAGAUGAGUCACGUGCACCCAUCCAGCUUCAUCACCAGCAGUCCGUGACUCUGGGUCGAGGGCCACAAACUAAGAUAAAAGACAAGAAGUGCUCAAGAGAACAAGUGGAAUUGAGAGCUGAUUGCAACAGAGGCUUUGUCAUUGUGAAACAGUUGGGUGCCAAUCCUACCAACGUGGACAAUGUUGUUGUGGGCAAAGGCAAUCAGGUGACCGUGAAGCCGGGCCAGAGACUUUACAUGGUCAAUCAGCGGUAUCCUUACACGCUGAGGUUCACCGAGGACACAUCCACACCCAGAUCUGCCACAGAGCGGAGCAAACCUUCGAAAAGAGCCCGUCAGAUGAGCUCCGAGGGGAACGGAGAGCAGAUCGAGAGCCCUGCAGACACAACAUCGGAGCGUCACAGAACGCCCGACGAUUCACCGCCGCCAAAGAAGACAUCUGAUAAACCUGAAUCUGCAGGCCACUGGAGCCAAGGCCUUAAAGCGUCCAUGCAGGACCCUAAGAUGCAGGUGUAUAAAGAUGACAGGGUUGUGGUCAUCAAGGACAAGUACCCGAAGGCGCGGUACCAUUGGCUGGUGCUGCCGUGGGACUCCAUCUCCAGUCUGAAGGCUCUGCGCUCGGAGCACGUGGAGCUGCUGGAACACAUGCAGCGCGUGGGAGAGCGGGUCCUGCAGCAGUGCCCCGACGCACGCAGCCUACGCUUCCGGCUCGGAUAUCACGCCGUCCCCAGCAUGAGUCACGUCCACCUGCACGUAAUCAGCCAAGACUUUGACUCGCCGUGUUUGAAGAACAAGAAACACUGGAACUCCUUCACCACCGACUACUUCGUGGAGUCUCGAGAUGUCAUUUCGAUGCUGGAGAAGGAUGGGAAAGUGACGGUGAAGGAAGGCACCAGUGAACUGCUGAAGCUGCCUCUGCGCUGUCACUCGUGUGGUAAAGAGCAGCCCACAAUACCUAAACUAAAAGAACACCUCAAAACCCACCUGCCGCCUUAAACCUGUUAAAAAGGUCAAAUUACAAUACAUUUUGUUACCCUUCAAUAAAUUCAGUGUGUUCAGGA